GACACGCUGAGGGGCUGCCCGCUGCGGGGAUUUCCUGAGCCACCAUGUCCGCCAGGAACAACAACAAGCUGCCCAGCAACCUCCCGCAGUUGCAGAACCUGAUCAAGCGGGACCCGCCGGCCUACAUCGAAGAGUUUCUACAGCAGUAUAAUCACUACAAAUCCAAUGUGGAGAUUUUCAAAUUACAACCAAAUAAACCCAGCAAAGAACUGGCUGAGCUGGUGAUGUUUAUGGCACAGACGCUUUUGGAAUGUACGUGCUUUGUUUUCUCAUUAUCACUGCUUUAUAGUAUUUUUUUUCUCCCUGAGACAUUUUGCAAAGCUUUGAUCUUACUGAGAAACAAGAAUCUCAUCAACCCAUCGAGUUUGCUCGAGCUCUUCUUUGAACUUCUGCGCUGCCACGAUAAGCUUCUGCGAAAGACUUUGUACACUCACAUUGUGACUGAUAUCAAGAACAUCAAUGCAAAACACAAGAACAAUAAAGUGAAUGUAGUGCUGCAAAACUUCAUGUACACCAUGCUAAGGGACAGCAGUGCAAUGGCAGCUAAGAUCUCCUUGGAUGUGAUGAUUGAGCUCUACAGGAGAAACAUCUGGAAUGAUGCCAAAACUGUCAACGUUAUCACAACUGCAUGCUUCUCUCCGGUCACCAAGAUCCUGGUGGCUGCUCUGACAUUCUUCCUCGGGAAAGAUGAGCAGGAGAAGCAGGACAGCGACUCGGACUCGGAGGAUGAAGGGCCAACCGCGAGAGACCUCCUCGUGCAGUACGCCACGGGGAAGAAAAGCUCCAAGCACAAGAAGAAACUGGAGAAGGCCAUGAAGGUGCUCAAGAAACAAAAGAAGAAGAAGAAACCGGAGGUGUUUAACUUCUCAGCCAUUCACUUGAUUCAUGAUCCCCAAGAUUUUGCUGAAAAACUACUGAAACAACUCGAGAGCUCCAAGGAGAGAUUUGAAGUGAAGAUGAUGCUCAUGAACCUUAUCUCCAGAUUGGUGGGAAUUCAUGAGCUCUUCCUCUUUAACUUCUAUCCCUUCGUUCAAAGGUUUCUGCAGCCCCACCAGAGAGAAGUCACAAAGAUCCUUCUGUUUGCUGCACAAGCCUCUCAUCACCUGGUUCCCCCGGAGAUCAUUCAGUCAUUGCUCAUGACGGUGGCCAACAAUUUUGUCACUGACAAGAACUCUGGAGAAGUUAUGACCGUAGGAAUCAAUGCCAUCAAAGAGAUAACAGCUCGAUGUCCCCUAGCCAUGACUGAAGAACUUCUCCAAGACCUGGCUCAGUAUAAAACACACAAAGAUAAGAAUGUGAUGAUGUCUGCUAGAACUUUGAUUCAGCUCUUCCGAACACUGAAUCCUCAGAUGUUGCACAAGAAAUUCCGGGGUAAGCCCACGGAAGCCUCCUUAGAAGCAAGAGUGCAAGAAUAUGGAGAAUUGGAUGCUAAAGAUUAUAUCCCAGGAGCAGAAGUUCUGGAGGUUGAGAAAAAGGAAGAGAAUGCUGAAAAUGAUGAAGAUGGGUGGGAAAGUGCCAGUCUCAGUGAGGAGGAGGACGAUGAUGGCGAAUGGGUCGACGUGCCCCACUCUUCCGAUGAAGAACAGCGAGAAGUUACGAAGAAGCUGGACAGCAUGCCUAUGGAGGAGCGGAAAGCCAAAGCUGCAGCCAUCAGCACGAGUCGCGUUUUAACGCAGGAAGACUUCCAGAAGAUCCGCGUGGCCCAGAUGAGGAAAGAGCUCAGUGCUGCUCCCGGGAAGGCGGAAAAGAGGAAGUUCAUAGAGAUAGACAGCGACGAGGAGCCCAGGGGCGAGUUACUUUCCCUGCGAGACAUCGAGCGCCUUCAUAAAAAGCCAAAGUCUGACAAGGAGACAAGACUGGCGACCGCAAUGGCUGGGAAAACAGACCGAAAAGAAUUUGUGAGGAAGAAAACCAAAAUGAACCCAUAUUCAAGUUCCACAAAUAAAGAGAAGAAGAAACAGAAGAACUAUAUGAUGAUGCGGUAUAGCCAGAAUGUCCGGACAAAAAAUAAGCGCUCCUUCAGAGAAAAGCAGCUGGCGCUACGAGAUGCACUUUUGAAAAAGAGAAAGCGAAUGAAGUAACCUGCCAGCAAGCUUCCUCUUUGAAGGCCAUUGCUACAUGUGUGUCAUUACUCCAAACGUUAGCCAAUCAAGAAUGGUGGUUUAUAUUAAAAAGUCCGAAGCACUGUGUUUUGUAAAGGACAGUGAACAUUGUAUCAGUUUGGUGUAUUUAUUUUGAAGAUCCGUGUGGAUGGGUGGUUCAGGACACAAGUAGUCUGGGUGUGUCUCCAUUUAGCAGUCAGGCAGAAACACUACUGAGUGCCUGCGGAGUGUCUCUGUGGACAUAUGAGCCAUAACUCCCUUCCCCGGGCACUCAGCCUGGUGGGGAGGCACGUGUGUGUGCGUGUGGUUAUAGUGCAGUGUACAUGGUUUUCUAGUAGGAAUAGGACUGCAUUUCUACGGGAUCAUAGCGCCCUUCUGGGCUACUCUACAAGGGGCGGGGUUGUAUAGUCCCUUAAACGGAAACGGACAACGUUACAAGAGUAAGAGGUUCUUACUUGUAGAUAGGCUUACCUGCUAACACAGGUUCCUGCUGUACAGAUUUUGGGUAGACUCUUUAGAUGGACUGUUUUCUUAGUCCACCUCAAAGAGCUACAUUUUUUUUCCAAUGCCUUGUAGAGACUAAGCGCUGGCUUUUUUUAAUUACUUGAAGGAUAUAUCAUCUUGGAAUGUUUUCACUUUAUGGAUUGAGUAGCCCCUCUUCCACAGAGGGGAAUUGUGUUGACGUUUGGUUUCCGCAGCCUCCCUCAGCCCUGUACUGUUUUCACCUCUCGGCUGCCUCGUCUUGGUGAACAGUUCCUGGUGUGACAGUGCCUGGCUGUGUGCUGCCUGGUGCGAGAGCGGGUGUCAGGGGACCUGAGAACCAUUGGCAGUCUCCCUGGGUGCAAGUUGUCCCAUUUGGAAAUAAUCCAGUGCCUUUUGCCUCGUGUUUCUAGACAGUGUUGUGGUAGAAGAGCAAAUGUUCCUAUGUUACUUCAGAUGAGAGUAAAAGACAAAUUUCUGCCCACUCAGAAGCCACAGCUUUUUUCAGAAAUUUUGUCAGUGAUUUUUCCCCUCUAUCAUGUGUGUUUACAGAAUUACUUCUUGUUCCUUUCCAGUGCCUUCGGCUCUCUUUUUGAGAUAAGUGUCAACUUUGAAUGGACCGUGUGUCCCUUCCUGGGGUGCCCCAGAGCUAGGUGUGAGGUGUAGCUGUGAAGACCUUGAGAUUCAGCGCCUCAGUUGACUGUCCCAGGUGACUCCGUGGAUAAGUGCUCUGCUCCACUGCUGCCAGGCCUGUUGACCGUUGAACUCCCCAGGCUCCAGAUAGGGCUGUCUGCUUCUGGGAAAGGGGCAGCCUGGAAGCCCAGCGGGGCAGUUGGAGUCUGUCCUGUGUAGGGUGACUGUGAGUUGAAACUAACUCAAGUGCAACAUGUUUGGCGUUUUUUCUUUUUAGUGAGUGGGACUGUCAAAGUCUAGCACCUUCGAUGCUUUAGAGGAAGUGUCCGAUGCAAAUCUGAUCAUUUCAGACCUAAAGCUGUCGCCUUUUCUUUUUGCAUGUCCAGGCCAGAGACAGGCGAAUACAGUUCAGAAUGUGCUUAGAAGGCUCGUCCUGGCCCUCGACUUCCCCGUCCCACUUAGAUGCCGAACCCUUUCUGUGUCUUUCUGACUUCGUUUCACCCUGGCCUCACCCUGUUGAACUAGCCCACAGUUUAUCUGUGGGAUAGGAAGAUGUCUCUCCAGUGUGGGAAGAUAAACUCUUAGCUCUCUUUAUUUCACUUACGUCGUAGUAUCUUAGUUCUAUUUGAUGUGGUUCAUUAUAGUAUCAGUCUCUUGGGAGUGUUUGCCGGUUAGUGUAAACUCGAAGAGGAGCUUCUCAUGAAGGUGGAUGCUGUAAGCAUGGGCGGAGGCCUUGCUGGGGGCGCUGCCCUCUGAAGAAAGCGCCAGCAUCAGCCUCAGCUUUUCAGUCUCAAGAUUCAUAAACAUCAAGAAAGGACCCUUUGAGGAUGGCUUUGUAGGGUGCAGGCUUGUAUAUAAAGCAGUGUAAAUGUUCAGAAUGUGUGUAUGUCAUUCUAGAAAGUUCCCCUAGAAAACCAGCUCCACAGUGAGGCAGAGUUUUGUCUGUCUACUGCUGUCUCCCCGGCGGCUGGUUCAGUGCCUGUAAAUAAGUCCAUGCCUUCACCGUGGACGUCAGCUUUCUAUCUGUCCAUUCAGUGCCGCCUGCCUCACUGAUUAUUUCGGGAGUUGUGAGAACUAGUGUUUGUGAGUCCUUAAAGCAUGUGCCACAGAGCGGGCUUGCAGUAACUUCCUCGUCAGAGGUUAGAUUGCUGUUAAGAUUUAAAUGAAACAAUUACAGUUUUCCUACCAAUAGGUUUACACCUCAAGUUGUUUUUUUCUUUUAAUGUGUAGCCAGUGCAAAAUAUGCAAGUGUGUAUGGAAUGCCCACCAGGUGCAAAGCAACUCUUCAAGGUGCUGUUGGGGUUGCCAGUACAAAUGUCUGGGCCCUCUGGAAACGUUUGUUCUGAUGAAGGAAGUAGAAAUGACUGCAUUCUAUAGAGCUGUCAGUUCUGAUGAAGGAAGUAGAAAGGACUGCAGUACAAGGCAUUUUGUAAAGCUCUCGACCGCUCAAUGUGGGCUGGCACCAGCAGCCCCAGGGAGGAACAGUUCAAGAGCAGGAGAAGGAAACACCUAGCAUGGACCACCCCAGAGCCUGCUCAUAGUCUAGUGGGAACCCAUGCGUGACAACAAAGGAAAUUGGCUUCUGAAUCAUAAAAAGUGGAGUUUAAAUUUUUAAAAGGUUAUGGUUAAUAUAGAUCUUGUUUCUCUUUCCUUAUAUUCCAAUUUUUUGGAAGUUCAUACUAUGUAGAGAGAAUUCCCUGGCAACUUCAUAGCAACCAGCAUGUUCAGUCAGUUGGAGUGAGUUCUGAUUUCUUCAAACUAACUUAGAUAUAAUUUCAGCUGUAUACAGAUAAUAUUGUUUUGCCAAGGGAUGUCCAUUCAUAGUUUUUUUGUUCAUAGUUUGAAAGUGAAGCUAAACACUGUUGCUUACAUAUUUUGUGAAUGGACUUAAACAUUAAAUGUUUUUCCCUUGAAUCUGAACAAGCAGGUGUGACAUUCACAUGGAGCCAUUUUUCUUCCCCAAGGUCAAAGCCCCAGAAAUAACUCCUAGUACAGUCUAGGGUCUGUGCUGUGUUUAAACAUACAGGUCAAAGCAGAAAGCGUAGCUAACUGGGCCUUGUGUAAAUAACCUAAGCUUUUAUUUGCAGAGGCUCAUUCUUGGGGCAAGUAUUUCUUUUGGUACAUCCUUCUCUCAUUGCUUCUUCAAUCCAAUCUCAAUUGGGGAAUAGUUCGAUGGAUUUUUCUAGUGGAGUAUUAUGUGGACAAAAAAUGUUUCCCACAGGAAUAUUUAUUAUAAAUGAAAGCACAAUACAAAAGUGUUGAUAGUGUAGUUUAAGUACACAUCUAGGAAAAUGGGGGAGAAUAAGAACUCGAAAUAUGUCAGAGUAUUAAAUGUGAUUUACUUUUGAAUAUUGGGAUCAUCUGUGGGUAUUUUUGUUCUAUUUUCCGAAUCUUACAGUAUGUGUGUUUUUAUGUCAUUGUGAACGGAAAUAUCACCUUAAUUGAGGUGAAUAAAGAAACCUUGAAACUCA